CGAGCGCCGCGGUGUGGAACACUCCUCGCUUUUUACCCUUUUCCCUUCCACGGUGUUUUAAGCCAUCCGAAACCAACAGGUGGCCAUUUCCCUAUUCACUUAUUUUCAAUAGUUAUAAUUAUUUUUUGGAUGCUCGCAAGGGAUGAGUGCGAUCUUAAUGCAACGCUUUCCAGUUUUACUCAGUGUCUCCGCAUCGCUGCUUAUUUAUACGUGCGCGAUGUCAGACCCGCAAGUGAUUGACCUGCUGACGCUGAGCGAUGCCAAGCAGAGUGCCGUGGCAGUGGAGAGGCUGGCAAGCGCCCUGGACACGGUCAGCGACAUCUACAUCGUGUCCACAUUCCGCCUGCCCCCCAAGCUGGGGGGCGUCCUGCUGGGCCUUUACGGCAAACAGGACAACAGGAAGUACCUGGAGUUGGCCGUCAUGGGCAAGAUCAACAAGGUGCUGGUGCGCUACACGCGUGAGGAUGGCAAGCUGCACACGGUCAACCUGCAGGGCACCAACCUGGCCGAUGGCCGCAGCCACUCCGCCAUCCUGCACAUCGGCGGCCUCCGGCGGGACAACCUCCAGCUGCAGCUGUACGUCAACUGCAGGCUGGCCGACUCCAGCCACGGACACCCCCUGCCAGUGCCUCUGCCCCCCAAUGGAGAAGCCGUGGACAUCCGCAAUGGCCACAAAGCUUACGCAAGAUUACAGGGAUCCGUGGAGUCUCUGAAAAUGGCUCUGGGGGGCUCACUGGCCAAAGCGGGCAUUCUGAUGGACUGCCCUUUCCAAGGUGACUCAUCGCAGCACAUCUCGGGGGGCAGCGAGCUGAACUCCAUCCUGGGUGACCACACCAAGGCUCUGAUAGGCCAGCUGAUCAUCUUUAACCAGAUCCUUGGCGAGCUGAGGCAGGAUAUCAGAGAACAGGUGAAGGAGAUGUCGCUCAUCAGAAACACUAUCCUGGAGUGCCAAGUGUGCGGCUUCCACGAGCCCCACUCUCGCUGCCUGCCCAGCCCCUGCUACCAGGGCGUGUCCUGCAUGGAGACGCUGGACUACCCAGGGUACCGCUGCGGGCCCUGCCCUGAGGGCAUGAUGGGUAAUGGCACACACUGCCAGGACGCGGACGAGUGCUCCCUGGUGCAGCCCUGCUUCUCCGCAGCAGCCUGUGUGAACUCAGCCCCAGGCUUCUCCUGUCAGCCCUGCCCGCCCGGGUUCACGGGCCCCCCCGUCACUGGAGUGGGGCUGGAGUUCGCCAAGAUCCACAAGCAGGAGUGCUCAGACGUUGACGAGUGUGUGAAUGGCAGCGGCGCAUGUGUGCCCAACUCCAUAUGCAUUAACACUGUGGGAUCCUAUAAGUGUGGCCCCUGCAAGGCAGGCUUUGCGGGUAACCAAUUAACAGGCUGCUUCCCCCAGAGGUCCUGCUCCACACUCGGCUAUGACCCCUGUGAUGUCAAUGCACACUGCCUCAUUGAGCGCAGUGGGGAGGUGUCCUGCGUGUGCAAUGUAGGCUGGGCAGGAAACGGGAACACCUGUGGGCCUGACACAGACCUGGAUGGCUACCCAGACGAGUCUCUGCCCUGCAUAGACAAUGACAAGCACUGCAAGCCGGACAACUGCCCUCAGACGCCAAACUCAGGCCAGGAGGACACAGACAGCGACGGGGUCGGUGACCAGUGUGACGAGGAUGCUGAUGGAGACGGCAUAAAGAAUGUGGAGGACAACUGCCGGCUGACGCCCAACAAGGACCAGCAGAACUCGGACACCGACUCAUUCGGUGACGCUUGUGACAACUGCCCCAAUGUUGCUAACGGCGACCAGAAGGACACCGAUGGCAAUGGGGAAGGAGACAUGUGUGACAACGACAUCGACGGGGACGGAAUCCCCAACGUGCUGGACAACUGCCCCCGUGUACCCAACCCCAUGCAGACGGACCGGGAUAGUGACGGCGUGGGCGAUGCCUGCGACAGCUGCCCUGAGGCCAGCAACCCCACGCAGACGGACAUCGACAACGACUUGGUGGGAGAUGUGUGCGACACAAACCUGGACUACGAUGGCGACGGGCUCCAGAACUCACGUGACAACUGUCCUGAGGUGCCGAACAGCUCUCAGCUGGACUCCGACAACGACGGCAUCGGGGACGAAUGUGAUGAGGACGAUGACAAUGACGGGAUCCCCGACUACGGCGGCCCCGGGCCAGAUAACUGCCGCCUGAUCCCCAACCCCAACCAGAAGGACUCUGACGGUGAUGGUGUUGGGGACGUGUGUGAGGAGGACUUUGACAAUGACAUGGUGCUGGACGUGGUCGACGUGUGUCCCGAGAGCGCUGAGGUCACGGUGACCGAUUUCAGGUCCUACCAGACAGUGAUCUUGGACCCCGAGGGUGACGCGCAGAUCGACCCCAGCUGGGUGGUUCUUAACCAGGGCAUGGAGAUUGUCCAGACCAUGAAUAGUGAUCCUGGCUUGGCCGUGGGCUACACGGCCUUCAACGGAGUUGACUUCGAGGGCACCUUCCACAUCAACACGGUGACAGACGACGACUACGUGGGCUUCAUCUUCGGCUACCAGGACUCAUCCAGCUUCUACGUGGUCAUGUGGAAGCAGACAGAGCAGGCCUACUGGCAGCUGCUGCCCUUCCGCGCCAUGGCGGAACCCGGCCUGCAGCUCAAGGCAGUGAAGUCCCGCACCGGGCCGGGCGAGUUCCUGCGAAAUGCCCUGUGGCAUACGGGCAACACCAAUGGCGAGGUGAAGCUGCUUUGGAAGGACCCCCGCAACGUGGGCUGGAGGGACAAAACCUCUUACCGUUGGCAGCUGAACCACCGGCCCCAGGUCGGCUACAUCAGGGUGCAGCUGUAUGAAGGGAUGGCAGUGGUUGCCGAUUCGGGCAUGGUGAUUGACACGACGAUGAGGGGUGGCCGGCUGGGGGUCUUCUGCUUCUCCCAGGAAAACAUCAUCUGGUCCAACCUACGCUACCGCUGCAACGACACUGUGCCGGACAGCUUUAGCUUGUACCGCACACAAGCCUAGACGGCCUCCUUGUGUGAGGAGUGUGACCGAGGGGGCAACAGCUCUCUGGCGCCGCCCUGGAGGCAAUUCCAGCACAACCACCGUCUGGCAGAGUAUCUGUGUGUAGAUUUGUAUAGGAGAAGUGUUUGUGUAUGUGUGGUUUGGGUGUUUAUCUGUGUAGUAUGACUGCUGGUAUGGGGUCAGUGUUUUUUUAUAUGUGUGUGUGUGUAUGU